CGAAAAGUUUCCCACCGCCCCCGCCCCGCGCCGCCGCCCGCUCUCGCGCAGAGCCCGCGCUGCGGAGCCGGGAGCUCGCGCCGGACCCGAGGCCCGAAGCCCGGCCGGCGGCCGGCCCCGCGGCGGCGCCCGCGCCCCCCUCCUCCCGCGGGAGCCGCUCCGCGUCCGCCCUCGCGGGGACCGAAGCCCGCGGGGUCCGCGGCCGCGCCGAGGGAAGGCGAGGAAGCGCGUCCGGCCCGCCUCGACCGCGCCGCCCCGAGACGCUGCCCGGCCGAGAGAAUGUUGGCUCAAUUAAGAAACAUCAGGGAGACAAAUUCAACCUAGUGUUUCUGAAAAUGACUACAAAACGAAGUUUGUUUGUGCGGUUGGUCCCAUGCCGUUGUCUACGAGGGGAAGAGGAGACUAUCACUACUCUUGAUUACUCUCAUUGCAGUUUGGAGCAAGUUCCCAAAGAGAUUUUUACUUUUGAAAAAACAUUAGAGGAGCUCUAUUUAGAUGCUAAUCAGAUUGAAGAACUUCCAAAGCAACUUUUUAACUGUCAGUCUCUACACAAACUGAGUUUGGCAGAUAAUGAUUUAACAGCGUUACCAGCAUCUAUUGCAAAUCUCAUUAAUCUCAGGGAACUGGAUGUCAGCAAGAAUGGAAUACCAGAGUUUCCAGAAAAUAUAAAAAAUUGUAAGGUUUUGACAGUUGUGGAGGCCAGUGUCAACCCUAUUUCUAAGCUUCCUGAUGGAUUUUCACAGCUGUUAAAUCUAACCCAGUUAUAUCUGAAUGAUGCUUUCCUUGAGUUCUUGCCAGCUAAUUUUGGCAGGUUAACUAAACUCCAGAUAUUAGAACUUAGAGAAAACCAGUUGAAAAUGUUGCCAAAAACCAUGAAUAGACUGACCCAGCUGGAAAGACUGGAUUUGGGAAGUAAUGAAUUCACAGAAGUGCCUGAAGUACUUGAACAACUAAGUGGAUUGAAAGAAUUUUGGAUGGAUGGUAAUAGACUGACUUUUAUUCCGGGGUUUAUCGGUAGUUUGAAACAACUCACCUAUUUGGAUGUUUCUAAAAAUAAUAUUGAAAUGAUUGAAGAAGGAAUUUCAGCAUGUGAAAGUCUUCAAGAUCUCCUCUUGUCAAGCAAUUCUCUUCAGCAGUUGCCUGAGACUAUUGGUUCAUUGAAAAAUAUAACAACUCUAAAAAUAGAUGAAAAUCAACUAAUGUAUCUACCUGAUUCUAUAGGAGGGCUAGUAUCAGUAGAAGAACUGGAUUGUAGCGUCAAUGAAAUUGAAGCUUUGCCUUCAUCAAUUGGACAGCUUACUAAUAUAAGAACCUUUGCUGCAGAUCAUAAUUACUUACAGCAGUUACCCCCAGAGAUUGGAAAUUGGAAAAAUAUAACUGUGUUAUUUCUCCAUUCUAAUAAACUUGAGACACUUCCAGAGGAAAUGGGUGAUAUGCAAAAACUAAAAGUCAUUAAUUUAAGUGACAAUAGGUUAAAGAAUUUGCCCUUUAGUUUUACAAAACUACAGCAAUUGACUGCUAUGUGGCUCUCAGAUAAUCAGUCUAAACCCCUGAUACCUCUUCAAAAAGAGACUGAUUCAGAGACCCAGAAAAUGGUGCUUACUAACUACAUGUUCCCUCAGCAGCCAAGGACUGAAGAUGUUAUGUUCAUAUCAGAUAAUGAAAGUUUCAAUCCUUCGUUGUGGGAGGAGCAGAGGAAACAGCGUGCUCAAGUAGCAUUUGAAUGUGAUGAAGACAAAGAUGAAAGGGAGGCACCUCCCAGGGAAGGAAAUUUAAAGAGAUAUCCAACACCAUACCCAGAUGAGCUUAAAAAUAUGGUCAAAACUGUUCAAACCAUUGUACAUAGAUUAAAAGAUGAAGAAACUAAUGAAGAUUCUGGCAAAGAUUUGAAACCACAUGAAGAUCAGCAAGUUAUAAAUAAUGAUGUGGGCAUAAAGACUUCAGAAAAUACUGCUACAGUAAGAAACAAACCUGAUGAAAGAGAAAAGUAUCUGAUAGCAAACUCUGUGCAGAAAACCAGGGAGCCUGAAGCUGAGAUCGGUCCUGGUAAACUCCCAGUGACUACAAAUAUGAAAGCCUCUGAGAACUCAAAGCAUGCUGUUAAUCAUCCUGAUGUGUUUGAGGAAUCUGAAGAACUUUCUUCUGAUGAAGAAAUGAAAAUGGCAGAGAUGCGACCGCCAUUAAUUGAAACCUCUAUUAACCAGCCAAAAGUGGUAGCACUUAGUAAUAACAAAAAAGAUGAUAUAAAAGAUUCUGAUUCUUUAUCAGAUGAAGUAACACACAAUAGCAACCAAAAUAACAGCAACUGUUCUUCUCCAUCUCGGAUGUCUGAUUCAGUUUCUCUGAAUACUGAUAGUAGUCAAGAUACCUCACUCUGCUCUCCAGUGAAACAAACUCAUAUUGGUAUUAAUUCCAAAAUCAGGCAAGAAGAUGAAAAUUUCAACAGUCUUUUACAAAAUGGAGAUAUUUUAAACCAUUCAACAGAGGAGAAGUUUAAGGUUCAUGACAAAAAGGAUUUUAAGUUAAGAGAAUAUGAUUUGAAUAUUGAAGAACGAUUAGUUCUUCUUGAGAAGAGUGUUGAUUCAACAGCCACAACUAAUGAAUCUCACAAAUUGGACCAUAUUAAUAUGAAUCUUAAUAAACUUGUAAUUAAUGAUACUUUCCAACCAGAGAUAGUCGAAAGAUCAAAGACACAGGAUGCAAUGCUUGGAACAGGCUUUUUAAACAUAAGUGCUAAAGGAGAAACGGAACGCUUGGAAAAUGGUAAUGAAUAUCCUAACCUGGAAUGUGUGAAUAAGAUUAAUGGACAUUCAGAAACUUCACAGCAUCCCAGGAGGACUGAACCACAUGACACUGAUUCUUCUGUUGAAGUGGGUAUUUCCAAAAGCACUGAAGAUCUCUCCCCACAAAGAGGUGGAACAAUUAUAUCUGUUGUGAAAUCACAUAGCAUAACUAAUAUGGAGACUGGAGGACUAAAAAUCUAUGACAUUCUUAGUGAUAAUGGACCUCAGCCAUCAAGUGCCACAGUUAAAGUAACAUCUAAUAUUGAUGGAAAAAAUAUAGUCAGGAGCAAGUCCGCUACACUCUUGUAUGAUCAACCAUUGCAAGUAUUUACUGGUUCUUCUUCAUCUUCUGAUUUAUUAUCAGGUACAAAGGCAGUUUUCAAGUUUGAUUCAAAUCAUAAUCCUGAGGAACCAAAUAUACUAAGAGGCUCCACAACAAGUGGCCCACAGUCCAUACCUCAAAUAUAUGGUCCUCCGCAAUAUAACAUCCAGUACAGUAGCAGUGCAACAGUCAAGGACAAUUUGUGGCACUCCAAACAAAAUCCCCAAGUGGAUGUUGGUUUUCCUCAGCAUCUUCCUAGGUCAGAAAGCACUGAAAAUCAUAGUUAUGCUAAGUUUUCUGCCAACAUGAAUUUCUCUAACCAUAAUAAUGUUCGAGCUAAUCCUGGCUAUCAUUUACAUCAGAGAAUUGGCCCAGGAAGACAUGGGGAAAUGUGGGCCGUGUCACCAAAUGAUCGACUUGUUCCUGGAGCAACUCGAGCUACGAUUCAGCGACAAAGUAGUGUGUCAUCUACAGCCUCUGUAAAUCUUUGUGAGCCAGGUUCCACACGGAGGGCCCAAAUUCCUGAAGGGGAGUAUUUAUCAUACAGAGAGCUGCAUUCAGCGGGAAAAACUACUCCAAUGAUGUCAGGAUCACAGAGACCUCUCUCUGCACGCACAUAUAGCAUUGAUGGCCCAAAUGCGUCAAGGCCUCAGAGUGCUCGACCCUCUGUGAAUGAAAUACCAGAGAGAACUAUGUCAGUUAGUGAUUUUAAUUAUUCACGGACUAGUCCUUCAAAAAGACCAAAUGCAAGGGUUGGUUCUGAGCAUUCUUUAUUAGAUCCUCAAGGAAAAAGUAAAGUUCCUCAUGAUUGGCGAGAACAAGUACUACGACACAUUGAAGCCAAAAAGUUAGAAAAGAGCAUGCUGUCAAGGUCCUUUAAUUCCAAUUUUACUGCUGUAAGCAGCUUUCACUAUGGCAGCUCUAGGGAUCUGCAUGGCAGCCAAGGUAGUCUUGCCUUGAGUGUUGCAGACGGAAGAGGUUCUGGUGGGCACAUUUUCCGACAUCCUCAGACAUCCUGUCCAGGCGAUCCUUGUCAAGAUGAUGUGUUCAUUUCAGGACAGAACUACUCAGCAGCUACACUUAGUCACAGAGAUGUGUCUCCAGACAGCUUGAUGAAAAUUCCUUUGAGUAAUGGACAGAUGGGCCAACCUCUCAGGCCUCAGGCAAAUUAUAGUCAAAUACAUCACCCCCUUCCUCAGGCAUCUGUGGCAAGGCAUCCCUCUAGAGAGCAAUUAAUUGAUUACUUGAUGCUGAAAGUGGCCCACCAGCCUCCAUAUACACAGCCCCAUUGUUCUUCUAGACAAGGCCAUGAACUGGCAAGGCAUGAGAUUUGUGUAAGGAUUGAAAAAGAUCCAGAACUUGGAUUUAGCAUAUCAGGAGGUGUUGGGGGUAGAGGAAACCCAUUCCGACCUGAAGACGAUGGUAUAUUUGUAACAAGGGUACAACCUGAAGGACCAGCAUCAAAAUUGCUGCAGCCUGGUGAUAAAAUUAUUCAGGCAAAUGGCUACAGUUUCAUUAAUAUUGAACAUGGACAAGCAGUAUCCUUGCUAAAAACUUUCCAGAACACAGUUGAACUCAUCAUUGUACGAGAAGUUUCUUCAUAAGCGCUAUGGAUUGCAAAAGGGGAAGACAGCAAGAUUCAUUGGAAUAGACUUGCAGGGGAAAUUAAUAUUUUGACUAUUUUUAUAUAUAAAGAACUCAAAUUAUGUACAAAUUUGUACAUUAAUGAAUUAAGGAACUUGUGGUUAGAGGGAAAGAACCACUGUAUAGUAUAUAGGGGAGACUGUUGAAUUCAUACCGUUUAAAUUUCUUGUUGGGUUUUUAAACAACAAUCAAGGAUACAAAAGCAAACAUGUGUUUUUGUAUAGAGUGUAGGUUUAUUUUUGGAUUUCAUACACAUGACUCUGCAAGGCUCUAGUUAGCCUUCAUUGUAGUCCAGAGACAAAUGGCAGAGCUCUCUGUCUCAUAGCUUAUAUGUUCUUAUUUUUAUUCAACUGGUAUUAAUGUUUUUUUGUUGAAACAUUUUUUUUUAAAUGUGGGCAAGAGAUUUGAAGUGUUGGUUUUUGCUAUGUGCAUAUUGAAUUGAAGAGUGAGUAGGUGAAGGUGGUGCUGGUGGAUUCACUUUCCAAGGCCAGAUUAAAACAGUUAAUUCCUAUAAAAAUCUGGAAGCAAAGAAUGAAUAAAAAACUGUUCCUGUGUUUUUUAAAUAGAAUAAUGCAAUAAAAAUGUAAUGUCUUUGUAAAGAAAUUUUAAAAAGACAAUAAUUGCAUUUUAUGAACUACAGGAUUUGUUGUCAUCAUCAUUGACAGUACAUUUGCUACUGGUGGUUUCAGUUUUUAAUUUUUCAUAACAAAAUUUUUAACUCUACUAUAGAUGCUUGUCCAUGCAUUUUUGUGCUAUGGAAAUCCCCUGAUCUUUUUGCAAAUGGCAGUACUUAAAAUCUGUUUUAUGAUUAGUACUCCAUUUUAAUCAUGUUAUAAAUUUUAUUUUAAGCAGCAAAUGAUACUAAAAUGGCCAAUUUUAAUGAUUAUGCUGUUGUACCAUAAAAUACAAGAUUAGGAAAACUGCUUGAUUUUUAUUUGGCCUCACAUUGCCUUGGCAAAGUAAAAGGAAAUAAUACGCGUGGAGCUAGGAAACCAAAGCGAGUUUAUGAAGCUGGCCCAGUGAUAGAGAGUUGCUGCGGAGAGCUGGCGAGCAAAGGGGUAGGUCCGCAAGGCCUACCAGCGUGUAGUGAUGUUUAAAUAAAGGGCUGUUCCUACAAGUGACAUUAAUGUGAAUUCAGCGCUUCAGAGUCUUUAAAGGGUUUCUAAGUGUAUUUGUAUAAUAGUGUUUUACCACCAACUGCCUUUGUUCUUCGUUAGUGUAACAAAUACUUGAUAGUUGAUUAAUUUUGUUUACCCAAGCAAUUUUACUUGUGUUCUCUCUGUGUAAUCAAAUAAAAAUUGAAUAACAUGCAAUGAUAGGAAUUAAUGCAUGGUAUUUGGACCAGAUUAAAGUGCCAUAGAAGACCAAUAACUGUUUUUAGUCAAGGCUGGUUUGGAGCCUUUCGUUAGAGCAAUAUCAGUUACUGCAAUUUAUUUUUAAUUACUAAGAUAUAUAGUUUUGAGAUUUUUAAUCUGUUAUGAUCGUUCUUCAGUCUGAUUUUGAUCAGGACUUUUAUAGGACUAGCAAAAACAGCAAUCUACAUUUUGCAAAUGAAUCAAAGUUGUCCUUUCUUGCUAGACAGAGUAAGUAGGCAGUACUUUUAAAACUACGUGAACUCAAAUAUUGCCCUUCUUUUAAGAUGUCACCAAUUGGUCGUACUGUAUAGUUUUAAUAAUGAUUGAAACCCUUUAACAACUCUUUGUAAAUUUUAACUCAUUUUAGUUGAUUUUCAGUAAUAUUUACAUAGGAAUUGAUUUUUAUGAAUAUAGUAGAAAAUGUGCUGUAUUUUGAUAAAAUUCAUUUAUUGUAUGUGUGUUGUAAUCUCUUUAAAAAAGAAUGACAAACAGCUUCUUUCAGACAAGCCUCGGUGUUCACUUUGUUCAGUUUAUUUUAAAAUACUAAUAACAUUAUUGGUUUCCAUCAACCUUCACAAUCGAGUUUUGCCUUUAUAAGGGAUACAUAAAAUAAUUAUAAUUAUGAUGUUUUUCAAGUACUUUACCUUGAAUCAGAUACAUAUUUUGAAUCAGAUCACAGACUAUAGUUUUGGAAAUGGAUGUAAGCCACGAAAACAGUUGAUUAUCAGCAAUCAAUCUUUAAUUUCAUUGUCUGCAUAUUAUAUUGAAAUAUUAGUAGUGUGCUAACGCUGUAGCUCAGUAGUAGAGCACUUGCCUUGAUGUGCACCUGGUGUUAAUUGCUAAGAUUUUAUUCUGCCCUAAUUUUUUAAAAUCAAUGAUUAAAUUUUAACAUUCUUCUAACUAAAAAUCUAAUAAUAGCUAAAAAUUUUUGAACUUAAAUAGCAAAAGAUUUAUAAUGCUGGUUCUUCAAAAUUUGAAAAGUAAAUCUGAGGAAAUGAAGAAAUCAUUUAUAGCUAUAGGCUAUACCCAUAACUGACUAUUUUAAUAAGUAUCAUGUAUCAAAACAUCAAUACCAAAACUGCCUCUUGUCUUAACAGAAAUUUGAUGAUCCUAAAUUUUUAAGUCUUAAUUAAAAUUAUUAUUAAAAUUAUAUGUUCAGAAUAAUUUACUCAGCUUGGAAUUGGGGAUCAUAAUUUCAUCUAACUACAAAAUUCUAAAAUUCCCUACAUAUUUAUUUUGUACAUAUUUUUUUCAACCUUUUGGGCCUAAAGGUGUGUAUAUUCUUAAAUUCUUUUAAGCACUUAUGUUACUGUAAGGAGAACUACAUUUUAAAUAUUAAUUUACAGUACUUAAAAAUCCCAUUAGCAGCUGUGUACUGUUUUAUCAGUGAGCAUUUAUAAACAUUCUAUUUUUUUAAUAUAUCUAGACUAUUUGAAGUAACAGUAAAUAGGUAAUAAAUACUGUUGUAUAAAGUUGUGUGAUUUAUUUUAUGAAGUUUAGAGUGUAAUGCUGUCAUAAAAAGAAAUAUACUGUUAUUUUCUUUGAUCAUUCAAGCCCUUAUCUUUCUGGGUUUGGAGGACAUGUAGUUUACUACCUCAAAUUAAUGCUUAUACUUCUACAGAGACCAUUGAGAUGAAAAAAUGUCUUUCGAUCAAAUGAUUAGUCAGGCUACUUGGAAAUUUUUUUUUCCAUUCUCUGUUGAAACUUUUAUUAGGUUAUUUUUCUGUUUCAACAUUUGAUGAAUUUUUUAUGACACAUUGAAGUACAAAUUAAGACUUACGAUUUGUCAGAACAUUAACAUACAAAUUGGUGUACAUCAAACAAGGUAACAUUUUCCUCUUUAUUCUUUGGAUUGCAAAAGUAAUUUAGGUUAUUGAAGCAACUGGCUAAAACCUUUAGGUAUUACAUAAGAGCAUUCCAAAAGAUUAACCAUAUUAUAGUUAAAGUUGUUAUUCAUUGACAUUUGCAGAACAUUUAAACCCGACUGAGGGGCUGGAACUAUAGCACAGCAAAUAGGACGUUUGCCUUGCUCGUGGCCAACUUGGGUUCGAUCCCCGGCACCCCAUGUGGUCCCCCGAGCACUGCCAGGAGUAAUUCCUGAGUGCAGAGCCAGGAGCAACCCCUGAGCAUCACCCCGAAGCAAGCAAGCAGUAAAUAAAUAAGUAAAUAAAUAAAUAAACCCAACUUAUAGUAAAUGUUGUCAUUCACAAUUUUAGGAAACUUUUGAGGACUUGGAAAUUCGCGUAAUGAAAGCAAUUUGUUAAAUGUAUCGUCUACCAAAAUGUACAGUCUGAAUAUCCAGAUGCAUGAGAAGCCAAUUCUAAACUGAGGACACUUGGGGCCCAGGAAAAUGCGGGUGCAUUAGUUUGAUCCCAGAAAUUCAGUGCCACCCCCCACACAUAUGCGCGCGUGCGCGCACACACACACACACACAUAUACACACACACAAGCACUGGUAGAGGUGGCCCAAACAACAAAAAAUAAACUAAGGAAGCCUAUCUAGGGAAAACAUGUCAGUAAAAUCUGCUCUUCUUAUAUUCCAUAGAAUGAUUACUCAUGAAUCUUUGUGUAAGGUUAUCAGUAAAGAAACUGAAGAAAAGGUAUCCAGUUAAAAUUUCCUUUUCAAAUAUAAUAACUAGGGCUAGAUGUCUUCCAUGAAAUUCUUUGUGCUAAUUCUUGUUCACAGUCAACUUAUAUUUAAUUCAAUUUAAUGAUUAAAUGUGAAAAGCUCAUAUAACUGGGAAAGGAAGAAGUUCAAACUGGAAAGUGAUGUGCCUCCCUCCACUCCUUCAUGAUUCAAUAAAGCUGCUUAAAUUUUGCUUGCAA